AUGGUUGAAUCGCUUCUGAUGUCUGCUAGGCAUCCUGUCCCUUGUGCUGUGUCCCCUCUGAUGCCAGUGAGUCACAAUGGCCUAUGCUUAUUCACAGCAAUAAUACCUAGGGAGUGCCCAUUUAGUCCUUUUGUCCUGGUCCCUCGCUUUCUGCAUGGGUCUCCUGGGGAGGCAGCCACUGAGUGGGUCAGUUCAUCAGAACCUGUAUUUAUAGAGCUCUGGGCUAUGCAGACAUCAUCACAGGGGAUGCAGAAAAAUGGGAGGCCCAGGCCUGGAGGAGUUACAGCUAAGGCAGGGAAAGCACCUUCCACUGUGAGGCCAUUCCAGGCCUGGAGGAGCUUCUUGUCCCUGCUCUGCAAAAGGGUGGGUGGGACUGUCUCCCAGCUGUGGCAACUCUUCAGGACACAUGACUGGUUUGUGCGCCCAUUGCCUGCUGUGUUUCCAUUGGUCUCUUUGUCUCUUUCUUUUCACAUUCGUGCACAUGAAAUAUACUGGUGUUUGUGUUCCAGGACUGGCUCUGACCCGUCUCUGUUUCUUCUCUGUUGGAGCCCCUUCCCUAGAGGCUGCUGGAGGCCAGGCCCUGCACGCUCUGGCAUCACACUGUCCUGCAGCAUGCCGGACGGGACCAUGCUGUGGGGAGGGCAGCCCAAUUCAAAGGGACCUUCUGACUCAUCAUACCACAGAUUAGAAGAACAACAACACUGGUUCCUGUCGUCUGGUCCUGCGACUGUGGCCAGGCACUGCACUGAGUACUCACCCUCAUUCUCGAAUUUUCUCCCAUCUGAGGUGAGUACCGUUAUUUCCCUAUUUUACAGAAGUCUGGUGGCAACCAGUCUACAAUCUCAAUUUACCACAUCUCUCUUUUGUGGAAAUGUAAGCAGAAGACCCUUUGGGGAGAACUUGUGAUGAGUCAGGUGCCCUUUUGUACUUUGAUGAGAUUCUGGAUGUCAUUAGAGUCCAGCCCCUCCAAAUGCUAUUCACAAAGAGAAACGAAUGUUCAGAAGGAGGAGGUUUGAGGGGAGAGAUGGGGUGAUAAAGAAGGAAGUAUGGGAUGCCAUCUUGGCCAAGACUUAAGCCAGUUGGCACAAGGAUCCCUCCUCAUGGAGGGAGGGUUGCACAGUUUUGGCCUCUGGAAACCCUGGGUUUAGGCUUGACACCUUCUCUUCCAUGUGCAGCUUUAUUUAUUCCCUGUGCCUUUCGCCUUUGAUCCUAUUUCCUUCUCUUGAGAUUAAACCUGAGCCCCUAGCUGUAGGUACUCUCAGAGGGUUUGAAACUACCAAGUGAAAUCUUUCUCCUUUUGAAAACUCAGAUGGGCCUGAGAAUUGAUCUGGUUAAUUCUUCAACUUCUUAUUUGACACCUGCAGUGAGCCAGGGACGAGGUUAGUUACUGGGGUGCUCACAGCUAGUCAGGAGAAAGGCAUCGAGUGUUCUUUCAUGCAGAUAGUUAUAUCAGUACGGUAAUGUUGAUCAGGCCUCUGGAAGAAAAGCCUCCAUUUAACAGAGGAACCUGACUUGUCUGCAGGGAUACGUAAGGUUUCCCCAGGGUAGAGACACAUAGUGCAGACCUGAAGGUCAAGUACUGAUGCUUUUAGGGAAUGGGGGAUGGGGGGUGGGGGUGGGCUAGCUUCUCACUGUCCAGAAAUGCAGACAUUGUGCUCUGGGAGAUACUUAGAAAGGUAGAGUGCAGAACAAAGCCAGCACACAGUGGAUGCUUUAAGGACUCUUGAUGAAUGAAGUCUUACAGUACGUCAGCUCUAGUAAGCCCACCCUAAAGGCCAGGCCGAAUGUUCCAGAGCACCACAGCCCCCUUUGGGAACCUGGAGUUAGGAAUCCUAUUUAAACAACAACCACCCUGCCAUAUCUGUGCCCACUGCCAUAGAACAACUCACCGCCCUUCCCCCUCUUUCCAAACCAUUAGUCCCUGCAGAGCCCUGCCAGCAUUUCAGCUUCACGCUCAGAGUCUUUGGAGCUUGGCCAAAAAGCCAUCUUCAUUGAUUUGUCCAUUGCUUCAUUCUGGUGAUAUACUUUCUAGGUGUGGGCAAAGGUGCCCUUUCAGUGCCAAGCAGUACCAAGAAGAAGGAUCCACUGAUAGUCUAGUCUGGCUUCUUGCCUCUGUCAUAAUCACACCUUCCAAACUGAAAGGAGAUGUUCUGGUUUAUAAGGGUCCACUGAUGGUGAAAGGUCCUGAGGCUGAAUCUUCUUAGUUACAGCAUGGGGUUGUAUUAGUUUCCUGUGGCUGCUGUAACAAAUUACCGUGAGCUAGCUGGCUUCAGACAACAGAAAUUUAUUCUCUCACAGUGCCGGAAGUCAUAAGUCUGAAAUCCAGCUGUCAGCAGAGCUUUAUUCUGGUGGUUCUAGGGGAGAAUCAUUCUUCGCCUCUUCCAUCUUCUGGUGGCUGUUGGCAUGUCUUGGCUUCCUAGGCUUAUGGUGGCAUCAUUCCAGUUUUUGCCUUGAUGGUCACGUGGCCUUUUCCCCUUCUGUGUCUUCUCCUCUUUUGCCUCUUCUAAGGACAUUUAUCAUUGGAUUUAGGGCCCAUCUAAAUAAUCCAGGAUGAUAUCUCAAGAUCCUUAACUUAAUUACAUCUACAAAGACCCUUUUUCCAAAUAAGGUCACAUUCACAUGUUCCAGGGAUUUGGAUGUGGCUAUAGCUUUUGGGGAGCCACUUAGGGGUUAAGGAGGGAGAUUUCUUCUUAAACCCUGCAUCCUAUACCCAUUUAGGGGUUCCAUGAAGAGCGAGAGCUAGAAGUGCAGUGUGGGGUAACCUGGGAGACAACUCAGGGAUUUAGGUUGGGGUUGGAGCUCUCACCCCAAGACACAGCACUGUAGCUGCAGUGCGUUUUUCUGUUUAGAUACAGAUCUGACCACUUCACUCCCUACUCAACCCUUUAAUGAUUUCCCAUUACCUUUAGGAUCAAGUUCACCUCCUCGGUGAGGCUUACACAGCCCUUUGUGGUUUGGCCUCAUUUCUCACCUUCCCCUCAGUCCUGCACAAUCCAGGGAGAAUGACUUGUGGUUCCCCUGGCAGCUCCCCGCUCACUGCCUCUGGGCCUUCAGCCCUGUGUGCCUCUUCCUGGAACAGUCUUACUCCUUCUCUUAGCCCAACUAGAGACAGAUGAGCUCAAUUACAGCCAGCAUUGUUGGUCUCUGUUUACUUCGAGCUCUCCCUGGACCCAGCUCUCGACUUAGUUCAGGCAAACUCAGGAUGGGAGCUGUCUCCCUGGAAACUCUCAGCGUGACAGCUGCCAGCAGCAGUAGCUAAGUUCUUCCAGUGCUGUCCAUGCAGUGGACCUUGAAUCAUUUAUUCACCCUGCUAAACACCAGCUCCUAUACUAGGACUGCACAGGACAGUGAACACGGCAGACUCGUCUCUACACUCCCUGCCUGAUGCCUUCAUCUGAAUUGUGGGGUUCAGAGAACACUGAUGGGCUGAUUUAGGGAAAAGGAAUUAACUAGAUUUAGGGGUCAGAAAAUAUGUUUAUGUCUGAUAGCCAGGAGAGGGGGUAAGUGAAAGUCUCCAGGUGGUAGAAAAGACAACACACACAGAGGCUGGGAACUCAGAGAAAGAGCAGGGGUCCCUGUGGUUCUGCAGUAGCUUCCAGGGUGAAAGAUAGAGUCCACAGGAAGCCAAGCUAGAUCAUGAAAUGCCUUGUAAACCAAGACAGGGAGCGACAGAUAUAAACAAAUGAGAAAAGAACAGGCUGUAAUACAUUAAAACAGAGUGGUGUCCAAAUGAACAGGGAGUGCCUUUAGAUCGGGUGGCCCCAAAAGGCCUUUGGGAAGAGAUGAUAUUUAGGUUGAAAUCUGCAUAAUGAGGAGGGCCAGCCACAUGAAGAUGGGGAAAGAGUUUUUCUUAUUUUUUUCUUUUUAAAUUUUUAUUGGAGUAUAGUUGCUUUACAGUGUUGUGUUAGUUUCUACUGUACAGCAAAGUGAUUCAGCUAUUCAUAUGCGUAUAUCCCCUCUUUUUUGGAUUUCCUUCCAAAUUUAGGUGAUUUAGGUCACCACAGAGCAUGGAGUAGAGUUCCCUGAGCUAUACAGUAGGUUCUCAUUGGUUAUCUAUUUUAUACAUAGUAUCAAUAGUGUACGUAUGUCAAUCCCCAUCUCCCAAUUCAUCCCCCACCCCUUUUGCCCUUGGUAGCCAUACGUUUUGUUCUCUAUGUCUGUGUCUCUAUUUCUGCUUUGUAAAUAAGAUCGUCUAUACCAAUUUUUUCAGAUUCCUCAUGUAUGCAUUAAUAUACGAUAUUUGCUUUUCUCUUUCUGACUUAUGGGGAAAGAGUAUUUCAAGCAGAGGAAACAGCUGGUACAAAGGCCCAAAGGUGGGAAUGAGUUUGGUUAGUUUGAGGAAGAGAUAAAAGGCCAGCAUGGCAGGAGCUUAUUGAGAAAGGGGGUGAAGAGGAGGGCAGGGUGCAGGUGGGCAGGGGUCAGAGUGUGUGGGGCUCUGGGGGCCUGGGUCGGGGGCAGAGAGGCGGAUGUGAGAGCUCUCAGAGAAGGAGACUUGUGGGGCCUGGCCCAGCCCCUCCCGGGGAACCCUCCCCAGGGGUGGGGCCUGGUAGGAGAAGACUGCAGGCAGAACCUGGGGUCCCUCAAACCCUAGCAGCUGUCCUGCCCUCCUGGAGGCGGGGUCAUGGGUUGCGGUGAGCGUAACUGAGAGAUGGGUGUAUUUGGUUUCUGCAAACCCUUCUCUCUACCUGUUACAUAAGCGCUCCUGCCCUGGGGUAGAUUGUUCCAGGCUGGGUCCUGCAGGGCUUAACAAACUAAAAUUCUUUCUCUCUCUGUCUCUCUCUUCCCCCCACUCCCUCUCUCUUUCUCUCUCUCUCACACACACACACACACCACGCACACCACACAUACAUGCACCCCCCCACCACCACUUACCCAACAUGCACAGUACACACACUCUCCUCAUUCUGUGCAGCCUCUGAGGGAGGACCCAUCCUUUGACUCACUCACCCUUCUCUCAGGAUGCACCGACCAGGAGUGUCUAAUCCACCUCGCAUCCAACCCAUCUCACCUCACCUCACCCCACCUCUUCUGCCUCAACCUUUGUGAGAGGGACCUGCAGAGCCAUCCUGAAGUUAUGUGGGAGCCCAAGCCCCAUCCCACCCACAGACCUUUGGAGUCUCAGGACCCUGGCAGUACUGGGACAACCCAGAGCUGGGCAAGGGUGGGGAUAGUACAGGUAUUGAAUCAGACAGACUUUAGGUUUCCCCCUGGCUCUGCCACUUACUCUCUGUAUGACUUCUGAUAAGACCCUGAGUCCCUCUGAGAUUAGCUCUGUGGAUUUAGUUCAAACUUUGUUUAGCCUGAUUCACUGGGAGCAUAUUCUAGCCUCCCUGGCAAAGGCUGAGCGUAAAAGUAACCACAUUAAAGGUUUGGAGCAACCAGAGGGGGUAUUACUUUCCAGUUCCCUGCAGCAAACGUCUUACAAUGGAUGAUUUGCUACCCCUGAUAUUAAAAGUCCGUGGGCGUUGCCCUCAGGGAUUUUUCUCUGCCAGCUCAGGCCCACCGCUGGCUGUAAGGAGACCUGCCUGGGACUCAGGGUUUCCUGUGACAUAACAGGAAGGCUUGGGCAAACCAGAGCAAACUGUUGAUCCUAGCUGGUGGGAGUUUACAAUAUCCUUACCAAAUACAAUUCCGUGUACUUCCUGCUUUGCAGGAUGACCUCCUCUCCCAGGCCAAGGAAGGACAAGGGUGUCCAAACCAGGACAAUCAACCCCUUUUUCUUUGAGUAUCAACACAAAGCCUAAAGGGACUGUCCAAUAAAUCGUUCCUGCCUGGGUCCCCAGAGGACUUUGGGUUCCUGUUGUUUUCUCAGAAUGUUCUUUAGCCUUGCCUAAGACACCUUGAGGUGCCUCUCACAAUUUUCCAAUUAAUUCCUCCUUAGUUUGUGUCAGUCCGUUGAUUCUGUUGCGUGUAACCAACCCUUCUCCCACUCUCCGCACAGCAGUGAGGACCUUCUGUGUGCUGACGAUCCAGAGUCCUGCUGCACUUUGACUUCUGUUAAGCAUCCGACUGCCACCUGCAACCGUAUCUUUAGCCCUCACGCUCCUCCUUCCUAAUUGGUGGGACGUGGCUCAUGCCUUGAACUCACGCCCCCUUUUCCAGUUCGCGUGCACCUCACCUCCAGAAGACCUCACUCAUUGCAGUCUGUCUGUGCUUGCCACCCCUGCACCUGUUCAGAACCUUGACUGCUGAAAGCUGAGGAAGUUCCAACAUGGGAGUGCCCCAAACUAGAUUCUUCUUUUAUAAACUGUAAUGCACCCAGAAGUGCAAAUCGUGAACUUUCACAUUUUGUGUAUAUUCCAGGAUUCAGACCUGAUUCGAACGGGAUUAAUCUGAUUUAGGAGCUGUCCUUUUCUGCAGUAGGGUCUCCAGGAAACAUUGAGAGCUCUGAACUAACAUUAGCCCACUUUCAGAUGGGGAAACCGAAGAUCUCUAAAUUCUUUAGAAGCAGACAGUCUGACAAGUACCUCUGGGCGGGCAGUCAAGGACAGCUAAUGCCCACUGCCUACCUGGCUCGCCCAAGGGCUGCUCCCUGGGACAGUCUCUCCUGCUGAACCAAAGCCAAGGGUCAAGGCAGGAGGCAGAACCUUAUCUAGACCUCUUCAACACCAAAGAACAAGUCUCUUCCUUGGAUCACUUUAGAAAUGAGAACAAAAUAAUGUGAGGUGUUAGUUUGCUGACUUUCACUCAAUCUGUUCCCCCAGGGUCUUAGGCCUGCUGACCAGCAGGACCCGAUGGCACCUUUUGCAGGACUAUCUCAUCAUUUCUGCCUUUGUGUAGGCCUUAAACAUCCUAAGAAAUGACUCAUCUUCUCCUGAUUGACAUAUCUGUGCAUCCUUUCUAGUUAUCCAUGUAGUUUUCCUUCCGAUGACCCUGCUGAAGGCACUUGGGACCCAAUCCUAGCUUAUGUUUCAUGUCCUUGAGAUGCCAGCUGAACUUGUUGUCCACAAGGAGGGAGGGUGAGAGGAAGAGAGAAGGGAGUGGGGAGGGAAGGCAUAGAACCGGGAAAAGGAAGGACCAGAUUGCUCCACAUUCACAAUGCUAUUUGUAACCAGUCUUUCUCAGUCUUUUCAGAAUGCGGCCAUCUACACCCUGUGUUCUCCUGGCAACUUCCUGAUUGCUCAAUAGAAGUUGUAACAUCCCAGGCUUUGAAGUCAUCAGAACUGAGUUUGAAUCCUAGGUCCCUGACUCACUUAGGUGUGCUAUGUGUCCUGUCAAAGCUUCAGUCUUCCAUCUGAAAAUGUGGCUAAUAUUGGUCCACACCUCCCAGAGUAGUGGCGAUCAGAUGACACAAUGCUUGUCAAGCGCUUGGCAUGAAACUCAGUGUCAGAUAUUAGGAGAAAUAUUCUCCUUUGUUAGUCGCAUAAAUCAGGUGCAAGCAGAUGUCACUGCAGCAAGCAUUUCUGGACUCCUGCUGAUGUGGUGAUGGUGGCCAAAUCAUGGGCUUUGGAUGCUCCCAAUCUGAACUGGGCCACUUAUUAUCAAUAGGAAAGCAAAUUAGCCACUAUACACAUGAGUUUUUUUAUUUGUAAGGUGGGGAUGAUCAAACCUACUCUAUAGGAUUAUUCUGAAGGUUAAGUUAAAUAAAAUUAUAUGUCUAGAUGCUUAGUACAGGUCCAUGAGUCCUUACCCAAAACCCAUGGGAUUUUGCAAGACUUUUUGGAUUUCAGAAAAAUAAUAACAUUUAUAUGCUGUAUAUUUUGCAACUCCUCAGCCAGGUGUGAGUCAGCACCCCGUGGUCUAACACAUUAUUAUUUCUACAGGUAACUUAUGAAUAUCGUACUAAGUGGAGUAAAUAAGUUCUUACCUUGUGAGACAGGCAGGGCAAGUAUUAAAAUUCUUACUUGACAGAUAACAAACUAAGGUUCAGGAUAGUGGGCUGUUCAAGAACACAUGGUCUAUAAUUGGCAGCUCAAGGAUCCCUGGGUCAUCUGGUCAGCUGGCCCAGGGACUCUUCCUACCACACCACACGCUGUGACAGACGCCACCCGGCUACAAUCAUUCCCUGUGCUUAGUGACAUUUUAAAAAUAGCAGCUACUAAAUAGUCAAGUUUUCUUCUCAUCUUUCUAAGUGGACGUGUGUAUAUUUCGACACUCUUCACAUAUUCUGCUUUUCCCACUUUGGUACUUGGUACGCAUUUCUCUGUAUGGUAUUGUAUUGUGUUGUGGUGUCAUUUUUAAGAACUAUACAGUCUUCCAGAAUCUCAAUAUAACCCAGUUGGCUUAGCUAUUCCCUGAUCGCUGGGUAUUUGCAUGUUUUCAAUUUUGUACUGUUCUAAAAUAAUGCUCAGUCACUCACUUUAAACUUUGCCUUGGGGAGGAGCAAGCACAUUGAUCUGAAAACACUCGUCCCUUGAGCCCCUGGCUGGCUGGCAGCCUUUGGGAGAUUGUAUUUCCAGGCACUUCUACCAUAUAUGUGUUGUGCCAAUCAACUAAUCAUUAGGGUUUAUUGAACGCCCACGUGGGGAACAGGGAGCUCUUUGGCGCUGGGAGGAGGCACAGAAGCAUAAGGUGUCUCUGACCCUUAAGAGGCUGAUGCGUAACCCAGGAGGCCUUUCAACUUCAAACCAAGCUGUGUUUGUAUCCAGCAGCGAGGCCUUCUAAGCAGGGCUGGUAAAGAUGGGCACCGGCAUGUGACGUGAGUGGUGAAAGCAAGAACUUUAAAUAGGUCUCUGAUGUAUCCCCUUGCCUGUCAAGGGCUUUGGUUCCAUUCAGGAAGAAGAGGCUAAAAAUGAAACCAUGAAUGAGGAAAACAAGGUCAGGUGUUCUAUGAAAACUUUCCUAAUUUAUCAAGUUUUACUUUCAGACUCCAACGGUCAAGGAUGAAUCAUUAAAAAUCAAUAGAAAGUACCACCGGCCUGAAUCCCCUUGGUGGGGGGGGGGGGGGGGGGUCAGCAAAAGGAUUAAGCAAGACCUGGUUGCUGGUUCUUUCUAACUUCCCCUUAAGCAAAUUAACCUCCUUCUGCCUCUGUUUGCCCAUCCAUCAAAUGGGAACGACAGUAAUGUUCUCAUGGGACUCACAGGACUGUAACAAGGACCACUUGAGACCCUGAUAAAGUGUGUUAAAAAGAACAAAGUGUUGCCCAAAUAACCUGGGGGAGGUUAGGGUCCACAUCUCACUCACUGCCGCAUCCCAAGCACCUAUACAGCGUGGGCCUGGCACGUGGUAGGGGCUCAGCAAACAUUUGUUGAGCAAAUGAGGGAAUUAGCAGGUGUAAUCACAAGUCCAUCAAGGGCAGAGGACCGCACAUCAUUCUGAGCCUGUGGGGGAGGCUCACUCCUCAACCGCACAUCCAUCCUCCCCAGAGCAGUCCCCAUCCUGUUUCUGUCACCCCCAAUCCACUAUAAGGAGUCCCUCAUGCAGGACAGCAAAGAUUCAAAGCUUUCUGUUCACCCUCGGUCAGGGAGCAGAGGCCAGCGCUGACCUCAGCCCGUCUCCUUGGGUUUCGGGCUGCAGAACUCGCUGUCACAAGCGGCUGGCCAGCUCCGCCCUCAUUUCCCGCUCCCGUCUGCUGAGGCAGGGGAAUGUCGGGCCAUCGGAGUCAGCAGCCAACGGCAGCUCUCUGGUCAGCUGAGAAGGACACCUGGCACCAGCGAGCAGCCGUGCCCGAGGCACCACCAGCCAGGGCCUCAGGUGUCCCGUCAUCUCCCAGCCUGCUGCUCCUGGGGCAUUUGGUACCAACAGCUCCUGGCUGGCCUCUACGAGGGAGUUCAAAGAGGCUCGCGUCCAGCCUGCUGGCUGGACUUUCCCAAGGAGGUUUCCUGUAUUUCUUUCUUUUCUUUUUUUUUUAAUUUGUUUUUUUUUAAAUAAAUUUAUUUUUAUUUAUUGGCUGUGUUGGAUCUUCGUUGCUGUGUGUGGGCUUUCCCUAAUUGCAGAGAGUGGGGGCUACUCUUUGUUGUGGUGCACGGGCUUCUCAUUGCAGCGGCUUCUCUUGUGGAGCAUGGGCUCUAGGCGCGCAGGCUUCAGUAGUUGUGGCACUCGGGUUCAGUAGUUGUGGCUCGCGGGCUGCAGAGUACAGGCUCAGUCGUUGUGGCGCACGGGCUUAGUUGCUUCACGGCGUGUGGGAUCUUCCCCAGCCAGGGAUUGAACCCGUGUCCCCUGCAUUGGCAGGGGGAUUCUUAACCACUGUGCUGCUAAGGAAGCCCAGGAGGUUUCCUGUAUUUCUUGAGUCAGUGUCUUCUUUCUCAUUGUGAUAUCCUCAAGGACAGGACACGCUGUGAAGGUUUGGAUUUCUACGCAGCUGUGAGGUUGUGACAACCAGUCACUUUCCGAAGUCUGGUUUUUUUCCUUAUGCAUUUGUUUGUCUCUUUAUUCUCUGCCUUCUCCACCCAAAUGUAGGGUCCAGAGGGCAGGGAGCAUGUUUAGUCCUUUCACUGCUUUCUUGUCCCUGUGCUGAGAACUGUGCCUGACCCAAAGCAGGUGUUUAAUUAAUAUUUGUAAUGAAUGAACAAACAUGAACUUUUUUGCAAUGUUUGUUACAUGUGGUAAGUGAUGGCUAUUAUAAGUAAUUAUUAUAAAUUAAAAGGAAGCAGUAACUUCCAUAG